AUGGCAUCGAACAUGACUACAGAUAUUGAAAAUCUUUGUACAUUAUUCAACAAGCAAACAGAUUUAACAACAAAAAUAACAAAUGAUCAACUAGAAACUAAAAAUUCAUCAGUUUAUUAUAAACCAGAUUUUCUUUUAAUUAAAUAUUUAAAUAAUUCUGAACAUCAAAUUGAAAUAACAAUAGUAGAUGCAAAAUCUUCACUUCAAAUGCGUAUUGAACAUUGUAUUCAAGUAGCAUUAUAUGCAAUUGAUUUAACAGUUUGGAUUAAACAAAAUAAACUUGAAAAAUAUAUUUUUAUUAAUAAUAUAGGUGAAAUUUGGUUACCAAGUAAAAAAAAUAAUAUCAUACCAUAUGAAAAAAAAAUUUUUCCUAUGAAAAAAUUACAAGAAAGACUUAAAAAUUUUCUUAAAUAUGAUCUUGAAAAAAUAUUCAAAAGUUCUGAAUGGAUAAUGUUACCACGUUGUUCAUUUUGUUCAUUUGCAUCUCAUUGUCGUCAACGUGCAAUUCAUUAUGAACCUAAAUCAAUAAAUAAUUUAUCUUAUUUAACACAGUCAACUCAUUUAUUAAUUCAAUCAUUUUUUCAUUCAUCAUUAUUUUCAUCAAUUAAUAUUCAAUUUAUUCUUGAUCAUUCAAAUAAUAAUGAAUAUUAUUUAGAUGAUAAAAUAAAAUUACAAAAAAUUUUAUCUAUAAAUACAGAAAAUAAAACAAGUACUGUAAUUCAUGCACUUCAAACACAUGAACCACAAUUAAAACAACAAUUAUCAUCACUUUUAAUACCAAAAAAAAAUAAUGAUUUAAUUCUUCUUUUUAUUUUCUUAAUACCGGAUCCAUUUCAAUUACAUUCUGUUGCUCUACUUGCUUAUAAUAUAUAUGAUAUUUCUAAUCAAUCAUGGUUUUUUUUUCAACCUAUAAUUCAAAUAAAUCCAUCAUCAUCUCAAAUUAUUUCAAUUAUUACUCAAGCAUUAGAAAAAUUAAGUCAACAAUUUCAACGUCCAUGUCAAAUAAUUCUAUUUGAUGAACAAGAACGAACUGUUCUAUUUGAACAAUUAACAUUUGCAUCUGAUAAUGAACAAAUUGAACAAUGUCUUAUUUUAUUACAAUCAUCAGAAAAUGCUAUUUUAUUGAAUUAUCCACCUGAUAUUAUUCAAACGGAUCGUUUAUUUCGUUCACAUCCAUUAUCAAAUAUAUCAAAAGAUGAAAUAAAAAAAGAAUUAUAUGAACGUUAUGGUUCAUCAGAUAAUAAUAAUAAAAAAUCUACAAAAGCAGAAUUAGUUCAAGAAUUAAAACAAUUAAAUGAAAAAGAACAAGAAAAAGCAAGACAAACUCUUAUUGGAUUACCUUGUCUCAUUUGUUUACAUACAGCUAUUUGUCAAUCAUUUGUUAUUCCAAUACCAGGAUAUUUCGAUCUCGAAGAUUUGAAACGUUCAUUGAAAAUACCCUUAACUUCAUGUAGUCUCAAUGAAAUAUUUGAGUCUACUAACUCUGCAGAAAUUGCUAAUCGUGUUCAAGAACGUUUGAAUGUUCUUGCUCAUCUUUAUUUAAUUGUUCAACAUCGUCUUUCAGAAUCAAAUCUUCUUCAAUUAGAUGUUUGUUUAUUACCAAAUAUAACACCCAUAAAAAGUUCUCAUUUACAUAUUCGUCGUUUAAUUUUUUUACGACAAUAUGAAAUGUUACAUACAUUACGUUCAAUUCAAGAAACACGUUUUGAUUUAAAUGAACCACCUAUUCUUAUUCGAAUAUUAACUAAAAUACCUAUUGAUAAAUAUAAUAAUUUAUGGAAGUGUCAAAUUGAACGUGGUCAUGAAAUAAUUUCAAAAAAUUUAACUGAAAAUAUAACAAAUAAAAAUAAUUUUCAUACAUAUCCAUAUUUAAUUUCAAAAGAUAAAUAUUCAAUUCGAACAUUUCCUGAUGCUAUUUAUAUGGAUUUAGCUAUUGAUGGAAUUCGUUCUCAUAUUAAACUUGAUCAAUGUGGUCUAGUUCAUGUUGAACAAAAAGAACAAGAAGAUUCGAUAUUUAUUCGUAUUAAACUUUGUAAUUUUUCUCUUGAAAUUAAUCAUCAAUAUUAUUUAAGUGAACGUUAUAUAGAUUUUAAUACAAAGAAAGCUAUUCAAGCAUUAGAACAAACAACUCAAUUAACUAUACAAAUAUUAGAUGAUCCUAGACAAUUAAAAAAGUCUGAAUUAAUUCAAAAAACAAAUAAAAUAAUGCAACGAGAAAUAUCAAAUAUGUUUUCCAAACGAGAACCAACAAUUAAACCUGAAGGUUUACAUAUGCUCAAUAAAGCACAACAACAAGCAUGUGAAAAAGUCAAAAAUGAACGUAUUACUCUCAUUUGGGGUCCACCGGGUACUGGCAAAACCUAUUGGUCAGGUGUUACUGUUUUUCAAAUGUUAAUGUUUUCAUCUUCACCAUUACAUGUAUUAAUUACAGCUUGUACACAUACAGCAAUCGAUAAUCUUCUAUCAUCAAUUAAUCAUUUGAAAAAUCUAUUUUCUUCAUCACCACAAUUUUCUCAAUGGUAUCAAUUAGCUCAAGAAUUAAUUGUAUUAAAAAUUGAAUCAAAUAAUUAUCGUACUCUUUCAUCUUCAUAUGGUAAACAUCAUCUAGUUGUUGGUUCAACAGUAUGGACAUUACAAAAACUUGAUCGUUCAAUUGUUUUUGAUAUUAUAUUUAUUGAUGAAGCAACACAAUUAUUAACAAGUGAUGCUAUAUUAGCUUUGAAUCGUUUAGUUGAUCAUCAAGAAUCACGAUUAAUUGUUGCAGGUGAUCCAUUACAAUUACCACCUAUUAAACGUUGUAUUUAUCCAUCUUUACCUCAUCCUAUACCUGAUUUAUUUUCAUCGAUUUUUCAUUGUUUAUUACGUGAUGAAAAUAAUUUUCCAAUAUCAUUACAUACUGAAAAACCAUUUGAACAAAUUCAACGUUGUCCAUAUUUAUCUAUUUUUAAUGAAAAUCAUCGUAUGAAUGAUCAAUUAUCAGAUUUUACUCGUCUUUUAUAUGGUGAAAAUUAUCGUCAAGGUCGUUCAAGACCUUUACUUUCUAUUAGUUCUAUUAAUGAUUCAAAUACAUAUCUUCUUGGUACACUUCUUAAACCUUCUAAUUCUCUUUAUACACUUCUUGUUGAUUCAUCAUCAUUUUCAACUCGUAGCGAAGAUCUUGAUCUUGAAUCACAUCUUGUUUAUUCUCUUAUUAAUGAACUUGUUUUACGUAUAUCACUUUCAUCAAUAUUUAUUAUAACACCACAUCGUAUGCAACGUUCUUCUAUUCAACAAAAAUUUAAGAAUAAUCUAUUUUCAAAUAUUCAAAUAACAUGUGAUACAGUCGAAAGAAUGCAAGGUAAAGAAGCUCAAUGUGUUAUACUUUGUAUGUUAUAUAGACAAAAUGAAAUACUUGAAAAUGAAUUAGAUUUUAUUUAUAAUCGACAAAGAAUUAAUGUUAGUAUAACACGUGCACAACAAUUAUGUAUUCUUAUAACAUCUCAAUUAUUAUUUAAUCAACCUCCAUUAGAAUUAUUUGUUAAUGAUAAUACAAGAAAUGCUUAUACUUUAUUAAAUAAUUAUAUUGAUAAAUCUACUAUACGAUUAUUAGAUAAUCAUGGUAAUAUUAAAUAA